UCAUAGAAAUCUUUUAGUAGAAGUUAAAAUCUAGAUAAACAACUCAAAUUUAAAAUUUAAAUAGGUAUAAUCUUGUAAAUUUAAAAUAAGAAAUAAAUAAAUUAUUUAAUUUAUAGCUUUUUGAUAAAAAAUUAAGAAUUAUCUAAUAUAGGUGAUAUGGUUUCAUUUUAUUUUUCCUUAAAAAAAAACACCUAAGAAACUCGGUGCAUAAUUGUGAGUACCGUAGUUGGAGUUGAGGCGUUGGCUAUGAUGAUGAUAGGAUGGAUGGUAUUGGUAGUGGGGGUGUUGUUGGUCCCUUCAUCCCAAUCAUUACGGUUCGACAUACAAUCGGGAAAGAUUAAAUGCAUCUCGGAAGACAUGAAAAGCAAUUCAAUGACGGUGGGGAAGUACCAAGUUAUCAAUCCCAACCAGGACCGUCAUCAACUAUUGCCUGAUUCUCACAAGUUGAACGUCAAGGUAACGUCGUCGCAUGGCCAUAUUUUUCAGUGGGCGGAGAAAGUAGAGAAAGGGCAGUUUGUAUUUACGGCGAUGGAGCAGGGAAAUUACAUGGCUUGCUUUUCGGCACCGGAGCAUUGGCCUCUGAUUAACUUGACCAUUGAUUUUGAUUGGAGGACAGGUGUUCAGUUUAAGGACUGGUUUAAUGUUGCCAAGAAAGGCCAUGUCGAUCAGGCCAUGAAAGUGGAGCUGGAGCAGUUGUACCACACUAUUAAUUCCAUUCAUGAAGAAAUGUUUUAUUUCCGGGCAAGAGAAAAAGAAAUGCAGCAGCUAAAUCAAGAGACUAUCUCCAAAAUGAUGUGGUUGUCCUUCGUCUCACUUUGUUUUGGCUUCUCAGUUGCAGGAUUACAAUUUUGGUACCUAAAAUCCUUCUUCCAAGAAAAUAAGCUUAUUUGAUUUGACUGUGUUACCCAACAUCCCUAUUUUUUCCUUCUAAUUAUUAUUAGCUACUUUGUUUGACAAUGUAA